AGGCUCCCACGGCAGUCUGCGGGCCUCCGAGGCGGCGGCGGCGGCGGCGGGGCCGGAGAGGCGCGGCGGGGCCGGAGAGGCGGCGGGGACACAACCAGGGCAGGAGGAGCGCGGCGGGCCGGGGGGAGCCGCACACGCCCAGCACGAUGCUGUCCUGGCGGCUGCACACGGGCGCCGAGAAGGCCGAGCUGCAGGAACUCAACGCGCGGCUCUACGACUACGUGUGCCGGGUGCGGGAGCUGGAGCGCGAGAACCUGCUCCUGGAGGAGGAGCUGCGGUGCCGGAACGCGCGGGAGGCCGCGUGGGCCGAGGGGCAGGCCCGCUUCGCCGAGGAGGCGCACGGCCUGCGGCAGCAGCUGGACGAGCUGAGCUGGACCACGGCGCUGGCCGAGGGCGAGUGCGAGGCGCUGCGGCGUGAGCUGCGGGAGCUGCAGCAGCUGGGCGGAGAGGAGCGCGCCGCCCGCGGCCGCCUGGACGCCGAGCUGGGCGCGCAGCGGCGCGAGCUGCAGGAGGCGCUGGACGCGCGGGCGGCCCUCGAGGCGCUGCUGGGCCGGCUGCAGGCCGAGCGCGACGGGCUCCACGCGGCCCACGAUCGCGACGUGCGGGAGCUGCGCUCGCGCGCCGCCAGCCUGACCCUGCACUACCGCGCCCGCGCCGCCGGCCCCGCCGCGCCCCCGCCGCGCCUGCGGGAGCUGCACGACAGCUUCGCGCUGCUGGCGGCCGAGUCGUGGCAGGAGACGGCGCAGCUGUACGAGGCCGAGGUGCGCGAGCUGGAGGAGGUGCUGCGGCGCGGCCUGGAGAGCCGGCGCGAGGCCGAGGAGGAGGCGCGGCUGUGCGCGCAGGAGGUGGAGGCGCUGGGGCGCCAGGCGCUGGAGCUGGAGCAGCUGCGCGCGCGGCUGGAGGACGAGCUGCUACGGAGGCGCGAGGAGUACGGGCUGCGCGCCGAGGAGCUCCAGGGCGUGAUUGCCGGCCUGGAGGAUGAGAAGGCGGCACUCACCUUGGCCAUGGCUGACCGGCUGCGGGACCAUCAGGAUCUCGUGAAGGUGAAGAACGGCCUCAGCCUGGAGGUGGCCACUUACAGGGCCUUGUUGGAAGGGGAAAGUAACCCCGAGAUCCUGGUCUGGACCGAGCAUGUGGAGAGCACGCUGCCAGAGCUCAGGAGCGCCUCCUACCGCUGCAGCGACUCCGUGGUGCGGAGGGAAAACCAACGGAAUCUGUUUGCCAGGCAGAAGGCGGCUCUGGCCUCCUCCCUGGUGGGGCAGCCGGGGCCAAAGACGGCCUCGCUUAGCAGAAGCGCCGCGGGGAGAGGUGUCUCGGGCUCCGGGUACUCAUCCGUGACCACCACCCGGCAGGAGUACACGUACGGAAAAGCCAUCGACGGUCCAAAUGGCUUCCGGCCUUUCUCUCCGGCCCACGGUCUCCUCAGAAACUCCGAGGCCCGGGGGAAGACCUUCCCCGACAGGCCGAAGCCCGAAGGCGCCAGCGAUGCCUCCGCCUAUUUGGCCAAAGGCACUCACGAGUCGCACUGGGAACGCCGCGACGUCACCGUGACAGGUGCAUCUGAUGGCGCUCGGCCGGACGAGAGGACCGUCACCGUGGGAAAGAAAACAGAAGAGAAGACCACGCGGGAGCAGGGGAGGAGAGAGAAGAUGUUUGAUUCUAAAGAGAAGGCCUCGGAGGAGAGGAACUUAAGGUGGGAAGAGCUGACCAAGUUAGAUAAGGAAGCUCGGAAGAGAGAGAGCCAGCAAAGGCUGGAACAGGCCAGAGGGAAGGAGCCCCCGAGGGGAGAGAGCGCACACGUGCGGGAAGUUCCCAUCAGCCUCCAGGUGUCCCAGGACGGCAGGCUGCCCGGGAGGCAGGGUGCUGGUGACAGCGCAGGUGGAGAGGUGGGAACAGGAGAGACGCGGUUCCGGCUGGGCACCAGCGACGCCAGCAGCUCUCCGCAGGGCGAGUCCACGACAGAGACCAUAGCCGAAAACAUCGUCACCAGCAUCCUCAAGCAGUUCACGCAGGCUCCCGACGGAGACGCCCCUGCGCAUCCUCUUCCCGACACCAAGGUCACCUACGUGGGCCGGAAAGAGCUGCCCCGCGACGGGAAGACCAAGACGGAAAUCGUGGUGGAGUCGAAGCUCACGGAAGACGUCGACGUUUCUGAUGAAGCCGGCCUGGACUCGCUCCUGGGCCAGGGCGCGUUGGAAGUGGGUCUGAAGGGGAAGUCGGCCGAGCGGAUGAUCAGUGACAUCAUUGACCUAGGGCUCAAGGGCAGGGAGGGGCGAGCCAAGGUCGUCAACGUGGAGAUCAUUGAGGAGCCCAUGAGCUACGUGGGGGCGGAGAGGGAGGAGGAGCCGCCCACCCCCUUCCAAGUGGAGGAGGUCGACGACGUGGCCCCCAGCUCCAGGGGGCUUGUGGAGGAAGAGGAAGGCGACACAGAUGGCGAGGUCACGUUCUCGGCCGAGCAGCGCCAAGGGGCUGGGCGGCCCGCCGAGAACAGCACUCACGUGGAAGAGGUGACGGAGGCAGGUGACUCGGAGGGGGAGCAGAGCUAUUUUGUGUCCACUCCGGACGAGCACCCCGGGGGCCAGGACAGAGACGAGGGCUCGGUGUACGGGCAGAUCCACAUCGAGGAGGAGUCCAGCAUCAGGUACUCGUGGCAAGACGAGAUCGUGCCGGGCACGUGGAGGAGGAGGAAGAGGGACGGCGCGGACGGAGAGAAGUUCGUGCAGGCCGUGGACGUCCCCGCGGCCGCCUUGGAGGGCGACGUGGCCUCCGUGCACUGGAAAGAGCAAGCCAGUGGCGAAUUUCACGUUGAACCCACGGUCAUCAAGAAGGAAAUCAAGAUCCCGCAAGAAUUCCGCAGCUCCAUUAAGGGCGUCUUGUCCAAGGAGCCCCGGGAGCAGAUGGUGGAGGUGAUCGGGCAGCUGGAGGAGACCCUGCCCGCGCGCAUGAGGGAGGAGCUGUCGGCCCUGACCAGGGAGGCCCAGGGGGAGCCGGGCAGCGUCUCGGUGGACGUCCGGAAGGUGCAGGCCUCGGGCGGCGGGUCCGUGACCUUGCUCGCAGAGGUCAACCUCUCCCAGACCGUGGACGCCGAUCAGCUGGACCUGGAGGAGCUGAGCAGAGACGAUGAUGCUGGGGAGAUCGAGAAAGCUGUGGAGUCGGUGGUGCGAGAGAGCCUGGCCAGGCGCCGCAGCCCAGGGCCGGGCAGCCCGGACAGGGACGUUGGGGACACCAGGGCGGAAGCCCCGGCUGCCGGCUUGCGCUUCAAGCGCUGGGCCACCAGGGAACUGUACAGCCCCUCAGGGGACGGGGCAGACGCCGGGCUGCCCCUGCUGGCUUCCCAGGGCCCCGUGUCGGCCACUGUGGAAGUCAGCAGCCCCACGGGCUUGGCCCAGUCUCCCGUGCUGGAGGACGUGAGCCGGUCUGCGCAGCACGUGGAGCUGGGCCCCAGCCACAUCUGGAGGACUGAGCAGGUGUCCCGCGUAGGACCCGCUGCCGGCGAAGGGGAGGUAAGUGCGGGAGGUGACCUGAGUCAGGUGGCCGGCUUGGCGGGAGCCCGCCGGUCGGUGAGGCACUUCACCUUGGGUCCCCAGCAGAGCCAAAUGUCCCAAGAAGUCAUCUUCCAAGGUCCUGGCCCGGCCUGGCAGGAGGCCCUGGGCACAGCAGAGCCUGGCCUGGCAGAGCCUCCCGCCGACGCGGACAGAUUUGGGCAGCAGUUUCGUGCCGAGAAGGAAGUGGUGGUGCGGGGUUCCGCCUCUGGGGCCGGGAAGGGGGGUGGAGGGCCCGUGGCUCCCCAGACUUCUGUAAGCCACAUUCAGUUAGGCCCUACCCGAGGGCCCCGUGAGCACAUCGAGUUCACAGUCCCCUUCUCUGAGCAGGGGGAGCUGGGUGUCCCAGGAGACUCCGGGCACCCCCGAGACGAGGGCCCAGGGGACAGCGUGGCCAUUAGGCAUGUCCGUGUCGGGGCCCAGGCCACUGAGCACACAGUUUUCCACGGCCGGGCGCCUGGGCCCGUGGAACUCAGUGGCUCAGAGGGCUCGGGCCCCAGUGAGGGCUCGGCAGACGCCACCCAGGCCACACGGAGUUACACUGUGGGUAGAAAAGUCCUCGUGGCUGAAAAGAGCACCUUGCACAGGGCUGUGGACGGCCCGGGGGACGCAGCAGGGGCAGAAGUGAGCGCAGGCCUCAGCAGGUCCUUCAGACACAUCCAGCUGGGUCCUGCGGAGGCUAGCGCCCCGGGACAGCUGCUCGUCCACGCACCCGUGACCGGGGCCUUUGCCCUUGCUGGCUCAGCAGGUGCCUCUGAGCCGGGCCAGGCAGCGGGCAGCACGCUGCUGGCACUGGGGCCCAAAGAAGCUUCCUUUACCUUUCAGAUGGCUGUGAGCCGUGUAGAGGCCGACACAGACGCUCACGGCGUGUUGGCCCGCGGCGCCCGGAGCGAUGCUGGCUCGGCCGGGGCCCCCCGAGAGGAGGCCGAGGAGCGGGCCGGGUUUGAUAAGACGGUGCAGCUGCAGAGGAUGGUGGACCAGAGGUCGGUGGUGUCCGACGAAAAGAAAGUCGCCCUCCUUUAUCUCGACAAAGAGGAGGAGGAGAGCGACGGACACUGGUUCUGAUGGGCAGAAAUGUUGUGAGUGGCACCUGGCCGAGGGGCGGAGGCCGCUGCUUACUCUAAGGCCGGGGCGGGGGUCCCAAGGCCUCCCCCAUUUUCCUUUCUUUGCAGAGCACUGCAGACUAGGGCAGUGUACUUGGGAGUCAUCAGGCAAAGCUUCACAUGGAUCCAGGCCGUAGGAGGCGCUGGAAUUAUGUUAACGAGCUGGGAAUUUACAAAGCACUUUUUACCUUUGUAGUCUUAUAAAGCUCCCUUUCUUGGAGUCUCCCCAAGGAGCCUCCUCUCCACGCGUGGAGACGAUGUCUACUAUUUGGCUGGUUGCAGACAUAGGUUGCAUCUGUUUGAAACUCUAAUCAGUCAUCCGUAGGCAAAUGCCUAAACAUUAACCCAGUUAAAGUGACAUUUUUUAAGAGUAAAUUUUGUUUGCAUGUGCUAAUAUAAAUAAUAUACUAACAUUUUAAGGGAAAAAUAAAUACAUUUUUCUCUUUCCAAAGUCUUUCAAACAAGAAAUCAUAAGAAAUACGCAAACUGCUCAUGUUUUAAAAAUUGUGUGAAAUUUCAUCUUUAGCCAAAAGUGACUUGUCAUAAAAUUCAUUUUGCAGCUUAAAUGAAUUGCCUUCUACCUAAGAAUACAGUGCCUUAUUUAUGGUAUGGAGAGGCCAGCUGUCAGCUGCAGUGUUUCAGACCAUACGUGCUGUGUUUGCACAGGUGCCCCUGCGCUGCACCCACGGGCAGGGGACAGGAGCACUGGGACUCGCUGGGGUCCCGUUCUUGUGUGUGUGUGUGUGUGUGUGUGUGGUACUAGGUCGUUAGGCAGUGCCCAGUUUGUUAUGAUCCGAGGUCUGGAUUAGCCAGCUCCUACCAGGGCAUAAACUUGACCUGCUCUGCACCUUAGUCCCUGGCUCCAAACAUUGUCUUUCACUGGUGGGAGGUAGACCCGGAAGAUAGGUUGCUGACGCUGAGACCACAGCUUAGACUGGCAAUGGGGCCAGUCCAGGGAAAUCGGGAACGCAAGGUGUCUGUGCCUCCCUGGAUCCCUUGGCAGCCCACAGCUGCGAGGGGCGGUCUGAGUUCAAGCAGUGAAACAGGAGCAGCAGCCGCCAGCUAACCCACGUGGAAGAUGUUUGCACUUUCAGUAGAAAUCGUUGCAGUUGGGGGGUUUGUCCAGGGAAACAAAUACUACGUGAAAUAGGAUAAAAUGCUUUGGGGAAGGAACGGGUGCCUCUGCUGUAGCCCAGUGCUGGGCACCCAGGUCGGGUCCCGGAGGAGGGUGAUGGUGGCCCCCCACGGACCACGGAACGUGGACCUGUAGUUGUACGCCACCCAGUUUAAGAGAUGAAGAUGAGCGUGUGCUGUUGGGUUUGUUUUAUUUUGCACAUCAGUAUUGUUUUCAGUUUCCAUCUUUUAAAAGCAUAGCUUCACAAGUAGUAGCCGCAGCAGCCUCUCACGUAGCGUCACGGAAGACUGCAGCGUGCUGAGCAGUCACGCACGAGUGGUGAUGGCAGGUGUGGGUGCGGACCCUGGAGGCUUCCCUCUCGGCUUCCCGUGUGGCCCUGGGACCCCCAAGGCACACACGUCUCCAGGGGUCUGGCUCAUGCCUCAGCAGCUAGGUGAGGGGACAGUGCAUUUUCUUAAUUGAGAAGUGGAGGAGAAAUGGGCACAGCUUUCCAGACGACUUAUUGAAAACGCCGGGAAGCAGGGCGCAGAGCGGAGCUGGGUUUGACGGCCAGCGUGAAUCGUGGGGUCCGCCUGCCACGCGCCGGGCUGGUGUGCGGGGGCUGCUGUGCACCGCAGGGGUGCGCUGCCUUUGGCCUGGCUGCGACUCGUAAUGGUGUUUGCGUGAGUGAUUUCUGGAUGAGGAUGUGGCCAAGCUGGCCGCCUCCUGUUGGAUGUUAAGACAGACUGACCAUGAGGAGCCCGUUAGGAGUGUGGGUGCACUGAGCUGGAUGCCGCUACCCUGGGCCAUGAGCUUGUAAAUGGAUGCCGAUGGGCACAGGUCACUAAUACCGUGAGCCACUUCUACUUACGCUGGGAGAUAAAGGUCCUGGACCCUAAUUUCCACCUGCAAGUUGGAAUGCACCUUUCAGGGAGUGUUCCGCUCAGCCCGGGGUCCCAAGCUAUCACAGGUUCCCUAGUCCCUGGGUCACCCAGGAGCAGGGGAACCCUGAGCAUGGUGGCAGGUGACAGCGGUCCCUCCAGAGGCAGGGGAAGUGGACGUUGUGGUUGCACAGGGUGGGGACACAGCCAGUCUUUUCCUACCCACGGUUGUUUAGACAAAGCAGUGUUCAUCGAAUGUUUUUCAACUCCCUGCUGGUUGUUUGUUAUUGUUUGUUCGAGAUGUAUAUUUAGAAUGGAACCAUCUAAGAAGCUGAUUUUGCUAACCUGCUGUUCCUUACAAAGAGAAAUGUCACAAGAAUGUGUAAAAAUAAAAAUCUGAGGGGAAAAAAAAACCCUGCAUUGUUCCAAAGAGAAUGAAUGUUUUCCGGCAGACUUUGGUGCGCUUUCUCCUUUAAACUCUAAUUAAAGCACGCGUGUGACUGCA